AUGCCUCAUUCUCAUCAACUAGCUAGUCCCACCCACUCAACAAGCGGGACGGCAGAUACGUCAAAGAGGGACUUAACACCUUCGGCGAAGAAAAGACGGCUCUCCGGGCUGGGUCAGCAGCGUCAACAGCGUCAACCCAGCCAGGUCGUUCUCCGACUAGCAACGAAGUUGUCGUUGCAGGACUUGAAGAUUACCUUCGGCCAAGCCGAUGGUACUCGAUGGAGCGAUCCAGCAUCGAUGAAGAUCUCGACCCAGAACAAUCUGGCUCGCCCAGGCAACUCCUCGGUCGUGAGAUGGUCCACGAAACCGCAACGACGGCUUCGCCGUCGUUGCCCUCGAUCGAUCAGAGGACGAAGAAAGGCAAAGAGUGAUGGAACUCGGACCAUCCGACUCGUCGGGCCGUUCAGUCGAUGCCAUCGGAAACGUCAAAGUUCCAGCUCGUCCAUGCUGCCGGAAGGGCCAAUCCAAGACUUCCUCGACUGCCCUUCCACAAAGCGCCUCCCCCAGCACCUGACAAAGCACGAUGUGGAGUUGCAGAUGGUCCCACACACCCUCUCGGAGACAGACGUUCAGCGGACCCUGGACGCUUUCUGGCAAGGACAGCAGCAACAGCAAGCAGCAUCGACCAUCUCGUCACCGCCCAUUCACUUUCGGGCCAGGGGAAAGAACGACAAGAGGGUGAUAGUAGCCUGCGGGGCAGAGGGGAUCACCUUUGCAAAAGCCCUGUCCAAGACCAAGAUUGUCGAUGUCCCGGGAGGACAGCUCUCGUUCUCAGCACGAGGACCAGCACACACACCGGACGUCAUCACCAUCGAAUUUGUCUUUCAACAAGAUGCGCAGCGAGAGUCAGCAAUUCAUCUACCCGACACGGACCUGGUCCGAGCCCCAAAAACGGUGGCAGCCAACUACGGAGGUACCUUACUGGGGGCGUGGAGACAGGUCCGAGUGGUCGACGGAAGAGAGACCCCGCUCCUCAGCAUAUUCGCCUGCUUGAAGAUCUCGUUGGAACACCAACUUGAUCUUCCAGGAUACCUUAUCCCUCCCAUGCCCAAGCCAGUAGCAAAGCUCGAGUACGCAGGUCGUCGAUCCUUUUGCGGACAUUGCAAGAACUACAGCCUGCACACGAGGAACCUGUGCCCUUCGCUGUCAUGCGAGCAUUGCUCCAGCAAAACACACAUGAGUGCUCAAUGCUUGCAAAGGAGGGUAGUCGAGAAACGGGCCGAGGUCGAGGCCGUGGACGGAGACGUGGAAAUUUCCGGCCUCCCCAAAGUACUUCCAAACUUCUACAUGCAAAUGCAGGCACACUGA